AAAAGUCAAAUUAAAAGCCUUGCUGCCAGACUAGCUGCUAACUGCUAGGGCUACCACGGCUAGACAAAACAUGAAAUAAUUAAAACAGUAGUUACUACUGAGUAGGAGGCCCUGACAACUAACAGUUGUUACACCUAACAGUUAACUUGAGUUUAACACUCAUAAUACUGCGCCUUAUUGUUUUACCCAAAAGUUACCAGCAGACUAAAAUACAGUGCAUACCAAAAAAAAAAGCCCCUAAAACAGCUAGGGCCUAAUUUUGAAAAAUGUCUAAGCCUGGUAGUGACUAUGACUUAGAAAAAUUUCGCCAAGAGUGGAAAAAAGAGUUACAGCAUUGUUCUAGUGCUAAUAGUAGUAAUACUAACAAUAGCAAUAAUAUAACAGAGUAUUCAAAGGUUCAUGUAGAUCUAGAUCUAGUUUGUAGCAGCAGUGUCCAAGAAAAUAUCGGUUCGAAAUCACACCCGUCAAACACAACAACAGAUACAAUCAAAUUAAGUGGGCCCAAUCAAAAUGACAAUGUCCAACAUAACUUGGGCACCAGUGAGCUAAGCCAUUUUGUGAAUGACUAUUUGCCUGCAGUCAGAAAAGAGUAUGCACACUUCGAUGACGAUAAUAGUCAAGACGUGGAUGACACUAAAGCAGUUAAAGCACUAGCCAAUGUUACAGACGAAGCUGGAGAAUAUUAUCCUUUUAAAAUCCUGACAAAGUUUUUAAAUGAAGCCCCAAAGAGGUUGAAAGUCAGAGAUAAAAAAUCUGACAUUAAAUCGGCAGGACUCUCAUACUCUAAACGAAAAUAUUUUGUACAUGACUUGCAACAUAAAAAUGAUAAUAAAAAAUUGAAAGUGGACAAUGCACAAGAAUUAAAGCCACAAAAUGAUGAUAAAAAAGCAGAGAAGAAGUUUCUGGAUCUGUUUAUUGCGGAUCUGGAUGAAAUAACUGAAAUCCCCUUUUUCGACAUCAAUCUUCCAAGGGAGCUAGCUCUUCAAAUAUUCCAACACUUAGACUUGAAGUCAUUAUGCAGUUGUUCUCAGGUUAGUCGAAGUUGGCGUAGCUUAGCAGAGGAUGAACUUCUUUGGUGUCGGAUAUGUCAUAAUUUGGGAUUUGAUACAGAACUUCAAAUUGUUGAUGGAGAAAACUGGAAAGGAAAAGCUCGGUGGCACACAGAGCAAAAGAGAAUACAGAAAGCUAAUUGGAAGGCAAGAAUCGGCAAACCCUAUCAUUUAAGUUUUCCCAGAGGCGGUGUUCUCUGUGCGGUACAUUCACACAGCUCAAUCAUUGUUGCUGGCUACACAAGCUGUAAUGUGAGGUCAUGGAACAUAGAAACUGGAGAUGAGUGUACUUUAAAUGCCAGCAACACUGCUUUAGUCCUUGAUGAAAAUGCUGAGGAACUUGGUAGAAUUCACAAUGAAAUCAAGCAUGUAUCCACAACAAAACUAAUCACAGCUGCUUCAUUUAAACAUGGUUUUGUGGAUAUCUGGAGCAAUGAUGCAGGCACAGAGCCAGUCCACACUUGUAGGUUCAACAACCCAGACAUAACCAGCCUGUCCACCCACGAUCUCAGUCACAAAUGUUCUGUGGUAGCUGCCUCCCAAGCCACUCGGGUGCAGGUUGCAUGUAUGCAAGGGUUACACGCAGAAAACAUUCAGGACUUUGACAUGAGUACACCAAUAUCCCAAGUGGACUGGUAUAAGGACAGUUGCCAGGACAAUUGUGCCCUGCUUGUCAUAACGUGCCACAGCUCUGUGCAUUUAAAAAAGAUUGCCAUGGACUCAAAUUUAGCUAAAACUUCACCUGAACAGAACAGUUUCACAGAAAUUCACAAUAUAAUUUGGGCUCCAGUCUCCUCUAUUGGACUACGAGAGAGCUUGUCUGAGUUGGCUGUUGGAUUUAAUGUGCACACCCCAUCAACACAAGUCAAGGUGAACAUUUAUGACACAAAUACAAGCCAUUUAAAAUCUACAUUAACUGGCCACACUUGGUUUAUUUCCUGCAUCCAUAUGCCAGAUUGUCUGCCUCAUGAACUGGUCACGGGAAGUGGAGAUAGAAAAAUUAGGUUGUAUGACACUAGAGUUGGCUCCUAUGCGGCCCAAACCUUGGUGGGCCACAUAGCUAGAGUGAAAACUGUCCAGAUGGAUGACUGGAAGGUUGUUUCUGCUGACGAGGCAGGUUUUGUCAACGUUUGGGACCAGAGAAUGUGCAGAAAGCUCUGGGAUAUUCACAACAGACAUCCUGUGGAAUAUUGCCAUUUUGAUGAUCGACUUCUCAUUAUUGGAAAUGUUCCAUAUCUGAAAUUCCCUCAGCAAGAUGAAUUUGAAACUGUGUCUUCUCUAAGGUACCGCGGUACUGUACAAGUGUAUGACUUCCUGGCCAAUCAACAGACUCAGGGAAUACCAGACAUUUGUUUGUCCACAUACACAGAACCAGAGGCUUAUGACUACAACAUAGGACUUGCUGUUCCAUACGACACUGUCAACUGAACUGUACCCUUUUUAUUAUAAUGAAUGGGGUUUGGAUUUGGUAGUGAGAAAAUAAAUGAACUAAACUAAAAGUAUAGCCUUUCUAAAAUGGAGUAUGAAUUUGACGUUAAUUUGAAUAAUUUAUUUGAACCUAUGGUCGAUGUGAACUCUGCAUAUGAAGGGAAUAGUAUGGUCAGCCACCUAAAGUGAGUCAGGUACCCAUUAGAGCUGGGUGGAUUCAGGGGUCUCAAGAUUUUCAGGUUAGCAGUUGAAUGUUCUACUAUUUGACCUAAUACCUUUAAAUAUGUGAUAUACCAGAAAUAAAGAAAAAUAUUUUGUUGUUCAAUAGUUAUCGCUAAAUGAUUUAUAUACCUAGAUCAAUUUAACAAUUGUGAUAAGCUACAAUGGGUAAAAAGGGAUGUGUUAAUUUUUUAGGGAGCUGGACAAGCUAAUUUCUAGUCUUUGCCUGAACCUAAAUUGAGUGUAUUAAAACAAUACCAUUUCGCUGCUGAGGCCCAAAAAGUAAUUAGUCUGGCAAAAUUCUUCAACAGCACCAUUUAAUUUAAUCUUGUUUUAUUUUACUGUUUUAGUGUUGAUAAUUGCAAGGAUUUUUAUACAAGUUGUAGUAAACAUUAUAAAUGUAGAACUAUGUAUUUUCACUUAUUUUUCUUCCAAAUAAAUUGAAUAUAUCAGCUGUGUA